AUGAGGUUAUCACCUUGGUCCUAUGCUAGUAACUUACUGGUGUUGAAACAGUGUGAGCCGGAGGUGUCAAAGCACUGUUAUGAGUUUUCUAAAGCUGCUUUCUGGGUGCGUAUUGGCGGCAUACCUCCUGGCUGGAGAAUGGAGCAAGUCUUCAAAGAUCUGGGAAGUAGGAUCGGUCAAGUUAUAGAUGUUCACCUUGAUACAGCAGAUUACCAUCAACAUAAAGGAGGAAGAGUGAGGGUAGAAGUUGAUCUGAAUGAGCCAUUGAAAUCGGGGGCAAUUCUGGACAUUGGAUCCAAAAGGCUUUGGGUGGAAUUUAAGUACGAGCGCCUUCCACAUUAUUGCUAUUCUUGUGGGAAAAUAGGGCACUAUGCUUCAGAUUGUACUGACAUUCCCUAUGCACAAUCACCUUGGGGAAACAAAAAAAGUAGGGCUAUAUGGACCCUGGCUAAAGACAGAAGCAAGUGA